GGCGCUGUGCCGCAGCUGGAUGGCCGGGGCCGUCCGGAGCGCCUCCGCCGCCGUCGCCGCCGCACGCACGUGGCAUGCCUGGAUGUCCCUGCCCUGGUUGUGGCAUGGCGGGACAGAGGCUCCUCUUCCUCGCUGCUCUUGCCCUGGAGCUCCUGGGAGGGGCUGGGGGUUCCCAGCAGGCCUUCCGGAGCCGGGGGGUGGCAGCGGCCUGUCGCCUGGACAAUAAGGAAAGCGAGUCCUGGGGGGCCCUGCUGAGCGGAGAGAGGCUGGACACGUGGGUCUGCUCCCUCCUGGGCUCACUCGUGGUGGGGCUCAGCGGGGUCUUCCCAUUGCUCGUCAUUCCCUUGGAGAUGGGGACCACGCUACGCUCAGAAGCUGGGGCCCGGCGCCUGAAGCAGCUGCUCAGCUUUGCCUUGGGGGGACUCCUGGGCAAUGUGUUUCUCCACCUGCUGCCCGAGGCGUGGGCCUACACGUACAGUGCCAGCCCUGGUGGUGAGGGGCAGAGCCUGCAGCAGCAACAGCAACUGGGACUGUGGGUCAUUGCUGGCUUCCUGACCUUCCUGGCGCUGGAGAAGAUGUUCUUGGACAGCAAGGAGAAGGAGGAGACUAGCCAGGCCCCCAGCAAAGACCCUGCAGCUGCGGCCGCGCUCAGUGGAGGCCACCAUCUGGCCCAGCCAGCUGCAGGGCCCGGCCUGAGCGCCGUGGUCCGGAACAUCAAAGUCAGUGGCUAUCUCAACCUGCUGGCCAACACCAUAGACAACUUCACCCACGGGCUGGCUGUGGCUGCCAGCUUCCUUGUGAGCAAGAAGAUCGGGCUCCUGACCACCGUGGCCAUCCUCCUGCAUGAGAUCCCCCAUGAGGUGGGCGACUUUGCCAUCCUGCUCCGGGCCGGCUUUGACCGAUGGAGCGCAGCCAAGCUGCAGCUCUCGACGGCCUUGGGGGGCCUGCUGGGUGCCUGCUUCGCCAUCUGUACGCAGUCCCCCAAGGGAAGGAGACUGUGGCCUGGAUCCUGCCCUUCACCUCUGGCGGCUUUCUCUACAUCGCCCUGGUGAACGUGCUGCCUGACCUCUUGGAGGAAGAUGACCCAUGGCGCUCCUUGCAGCAAGUGCUUCUCCUCUGCACGGGCAUUGUGGUGAUGGUGCUGUUCUCGGUCUUCGUUGAGUAACCGCCCCUGACGCCCUGCCCCCUGCGCAGCAAUAAGAGACUCAGAUCGACUCUGUGACUGUGUGACUGUGUGUGUGUGUGUGUGUGUGUGUGGACGGGUGUGGACUCUGUGACUGUGUGUGUGUGUGUGUGUGUGUGUGUGUGUGGACGGGGUGUGUGUGUGGUGUGCACAUGUGACCGUGUGCAAGACCGACACUGUGAUCCCUCGUGUGCUGGGCCCAGGGCCCGAUGCCCACGCCUGCCCCCAGCCACACUGUGGUCUUCUCUCCUUGCCACCCUGUCAUCUUGCACCUCCUGGAGUCGGCAGUGAGGAACAGGAACACUGGUCCCAAGCAGAGGCCUCUGCCCACCAGGACGCCAGGAGGAGUGAGAGCGGCCCAAGGAGCCCAGGGCUGCAGGGAGCCCCAAAGCUGUCUCCUGCUGGGGCCUCAUGGGUCCCUGGCCUGAGGGAGUAAACCUCUCUGCACAUGCAUCCAGCCCUGAGCAGCCAGGAACCGAGGCUGGGGCGCCUCCUCUCUGCUGUGUCCAGUGUUCUGGCCCUUCCUUCACCAGCUCCAAGGCCAAAGAAAGGAGAGGCAGGUGCUCGUGUAGCCCCCAGCCCCACUCAGCACUGACAGUCCUACCCCUCCCAGCGUGGAGCCGGGAGAUGCUUUCUAAGGCCUUUUCCCCAUGGCUGCUCGCCCUGGCCCAGCUCCUGGUCCCCCAGGGAAUGCUCCCUGGCAACGCCAGCGGCUCUGCCACCUCCGGCUGCCAAACAGCAGCCAGCAGGGCAGUGAGCAGCCCCGGGCCAGAGGCUUCCCAGUCGGCUCAGGGAUGCUCGUGCCAGCACAGGGUCCAGGCAGAGAGUGAGCAGUGGCUGCCCACCCCCCCGCCCGGGCCUCUUUUCCUGUCCCACUGUGGGUGGGGUUAGGCGGGGGUGGCGAGGGCUUCACGUUGUCAGCACUCAGGAAUGUGCUCUGGGGAUGCUGAAGCCAUAAUCCCCAGCUAUUUCCCUUGGCUGACGCCCAGGUACUCAGCUGGCCCACUCCACAACCAGGCUCCAGCCCUGCUGCUUGACCAUGGGCGUCUUGAGAAGUAGCCAUCAAGAGGGUCUGAAUGGUUUUACGGCAGUUUUGCUGUGGUUCCACUUGUAUCUGUAAAUACCUGUUCUAUAGAUGCAAAUAAAUAUACACAAACUGGCUGCCUCUGUUCUGAUACAUGAGCCCAUAGUCCAGCAGGGCUUUUCCGGGCACCCUGUGCU